AUGCCUGCACAUUGUGAAGCCAACGGAUUAUUAUGCGAAGAAACCCCAGAAGAACUUCAAGGUCUCAACUGGCUUGAACUUGUCCUUAUUCAAAGAUAUCGGCCAAUUCAAAAAAUUGUCGAGCUUCGAGAUAUUGGAGGACGAAAAACUGGCGUCAAGGCAACGACAGGAGUCAUGAUCGUUGUGCCCGUACCUUUGGAAUCCACAAUAAGUCACGUCGCGAAUACUUUGCCUUCGGACUCUCAUCUCCAGUUAUUUGUAACGACUCGCUUUGGAGCUGAAAAAAUUGUCCGUCUUCCGAGAGUUUUGAAAGCGCUGAACUGGCUCAAACAAAAUAAUCACUUCUACAAGGACAUUGAAAUAAACCAGCAAUUCUCCUUUGAUGGUGAUCGGGUUUCAUUCGCUAAAGACGUCGUGAACAAGGAUCUCAACGUACUUCUUUCUUCCGACGACGGUCAUCUACUCACACAAGAAAAUACUGAAUUUCAAAUAGUCCGCCAUGUAAAUCCGCCGCCAGUCGAGGGUUUCGCCAUCGACAAUUAUCGACUACGAAGUCAUCUUUAUAUGCCCAUUUCGAGCGAUGACAACGAAGUUGAACCCAACGCUUUUCCACACUUGUUUCCAUCGGGGCACUACCAUCUUGGUGACGAAAGGGAAAUCAAGCUGAACUUGUCAAAGUACAUUCAUCAUCAACUUCGUCAAGCAAAUCCCAAAUUUUGUUUGGAUCCCAACUACCUUGCAUUUCAGUAUGCGAAGAGAAUGCAAACGGUCAGUUGAAAAACAAAAUUUUUUAGAUAAAAUCAUGAGAAAUUUCAUUUAGGAUUUAUUCAACAGUAUGGGAACGCAAGCUCGUAUUUCGCGGAAUACGACGAAACAAGACCUGAUGGGAAUAUUGAACGAUGAGCGUUUUUCCGCCUCAAUGAAUAGCAUGUUCGAGGAAAUGCGUGGUUUUGGACCCUAUUGGAAUAAAAGGUAAUUUUUCAAGACUUUUUUUGGGUAUUUUAAAAAAUUCCAAUUUCUUCAAGAAAAUUGGAACUUCGCGCUCAUAUUGAAGCUUUCGGAUCGCCGACGUGGUUUGUAACUCUGAAUCCGGCUGAGCAACAUUGGAAAGACGUUAGUUUUUCUCAAUUAUUUCCAUUUUCAACUUAUUUUUAAAUUCAGGUUCUUCAAAUUUACCAGCGGUUUUAUCCAGAAACAACGUCGGAAAAUAUAAGAGAGGCCAUUGCAAAAGAUAGCUCACACUGGUGCCGUUAUUUUCGUCGCCGCAUGAAUGCCUUUUUUAGCGAAGUGAGUGGAAUUUUGGAGGUUAAAACCAAUAUUUUGUAUCAGGUGCUGUUUAACGACAACGGACCGCUGGGAAAAGUCCUCCAUUAUUUUUGGAGGGUCGAGUACCAGCACCGGGGAACACAACAUAUUCAUUGCGUUCUGUGGACAGCUGAUCGCCCUUCGCCUGACGCUAGUCCUCAAGAAAUAGCUGAGUUUUUGGACAAAUAUGUCACAGCUCGAAUGCCGGAUGAAAAAACUGAGACAGAGUUGUACAAUAUAAUCAAAGAGCAUCAGGUUUCAUCUUGAUUUGUUUGAGAAAACUUAAUUUUUGAAUUAAGCUUCAUUGGAAACGACAUUCUAAGACGUGUUUACGUACGAAGAAACGCCGAGGGCGAAUCACACAGACUUGUCGGUAAGUUGAGCAACGAAAAUUAGGAAACAUGAAAUUUUUGGAAAAUAGGAACAUGAAAUAUUUUAGGUUCGAAUUUCCACGGCCAGUUCUCGGACACACUGUUGUUGCUGGAGUUUCAAAAAAUUUGGCUGGCUUACCCGGAGUCAGCAGAAAACAGUAUCAUUUGAUGCGACGCGAAUGUGAUACAGUAAGAAAGCUGAAAUUUUAAAAAGUCCUUGACAAAAUUUUUUUUUUAGAUGGUGAACGACUACAAUGCAGAGCUAUCUCUUAUCUGGCAGGCGAACACUGAUGUACAGUUCAUCAUGGGAGGAAUAACCGAAGUCACCGAUUACGUUACCGGUUAUGCGUCAAAAGCUGAAAAGGCCCGAGGAACUUGCCUUUUCGACAUGAAACCAGAGGACAUGAACAAUAAAACAAUGUUCAAAACUAUGAUAGAUUUGUUGAGGCAAAAGGUUUGCUAUGAAGACUUUAUAUUUUUUUUUUUCUUUGGCGCCUCUCUACGUCUUUUGUAGUAGUAUUGUGAUUAGAAAAAAAUGGAAAUCAAAUACAGAUAAAAAAAGUCUCUAAAGUAAAACAUUAAGUUGAAAAUGAAAUUUUUUUAUUUGAAUAAUAGAAAAAAAUUAGGAAUAAAAACUACAUUAUAUUUCACACUACAAAAAAAAAUAAUAGAAAACGGAUGAUGAAAAUCGAACAAAAAAAAACUUAGAAAAAAUAUUGUGAAUAAAUGAAACUUUUUAAAGGAAACUGGUACUCUGGAAAUGCAUGACAUCUUUGCGGGCCACAACCUUUUUCGGUUUCAAUUCUGGCCAUGAAUUCGUGAAUAUAAACGAAGAUGCAAAACGAAAUCGUCAACUUCGACCAGCUGAUCAACUCAAAGUCAAUACACAAAUGCCGGCUUAUGUGGAUAACUUGGUUGACACUUAUUAUCCGAAUAGACCAGAAGCUCUUGAGGUGAGAGAAUAUUCACACUUUGUGAAAAAAAGCCAAAAAAUAAAUUUUGAGCGAAGAAGAGAUCAAACUUCUAUUCAGUUCUUCUUUUUUCAGAAUUUCUCAUUGAUGACGAUUGCAUUGAACUUUGAAGUCGUCGCGAAAUCUGAAGCGAUGAAGAAAGGACUCAAUGCCGUUUUUUUGACAAGUGAUGAAUUGCUGGAACAACUUCAACAACCAAAAAUCAAUGCAAAUCGUGGCCAAUCUGUUUAUUACGGGUUCAAAGAAGUCAGGUGAGUAUUAAAAUGAAUGAAACGAAAAAAAAAUGCUCAUUAAAAAGAUAAUUAUUUUCAAUUAUUCAGUGAUCCCUUGUCCCCGUGGUUUUGUUUCCCUUCAAUUUCCACUGGAACCUGCAUCUCAUUCGAAUACGGUCACGAAGGAAGUAAUGUGAAAUAUUUGAAAUACUUCCGGAAAAAAAAACAACAGGUUUUUAAAAAGAUUGCAGUUUUGUUCACAAUAAAGUUUAUUUGAAUCAUUUAGGUUUUACGGACUUUCCUUCCGGACAUUAUUGGUGAUGUCGGCUCUGUUCGAGACUUCUUUCGUCGUGUUCUUAUGCUUUUUUCUCCAUGGAGGGAAGAACCACCGGUUUUUUCGACCUCUGAAGAAGCUCUUGCGUCCUACGAUAAGUGAGUAAAAAUUAGUUAAAUUGAAAAUGAAGAAAUUAAGAUUAUCUCAAAAAUUAAAAAAACUCUGAGUUUCUUUUUUCUGACUUUUUAAUUAUUUUUCUGAUUAUUUAUCAGUCGAUUAUUGUGUUUCAAAAAAAUGAAGGAGAGCCUUUUAUACGGCUGAAACGCGUUUUUUUAUUUACUUAUAGAGGUAAAAAGAGGCUAAUUUUAAAGAUGCUAAAUUAAGUUAUUGAACAAAAUUUUUUUAAUUGUUCUCUGAAAAGUGAGUGAGAAAGCCCAAAGGUUCCAGAAAUAAAAAUUAAAAAAAUCCAGGUUCAAAAAUAGUUUUCGUGAGUUUUCAAAUUGAAAAAGAAGUUCAAUAAUAGCUCAAAAAAAUCCUUGAAGUUGUUAUCAAUAGAAAGUUUUUACGUUUUUGGUAGAGUUAAUAGGUAAAAUUUUGAUUUUAAUCAAAGAAGUCUUAUAGUUUCAUUUUUUUAUUGCACAAUUAUUUCAACAGCAGCUGAUAGAGGCGAAAAAUAGUAUGCGUGGGUUUUUCGAAGACCCAAUAUCUAUUCAUAGGAACCCAUUUUUGGUCUUAUAGUUUUGUCACACUCCGUAUAAAAAAAUUUUUGUUUGACCUAAAAAAACUGGGCACCAUAAUUUUUUUCUUUUUUUAAAGAUUUAUCGACACGUUGAAAGCGAAAAAGUGAAGGAGCUGCUGAUGAUAUCACGUCUUACAUCGCCAAGAUAAAAAGACGGAAAGCGAGAAAGUAGAGAGAAAACGCGAAAAAAAUGGGCUCGUCUUCGAGUAAGUUAUCUAUGUUGUUUUAAAGUUAUGAGAUAUAAUUUUAUCAUCACUUUUUUUCAUUUAUCAGAAAGCCAUACAAGAGGCUAAUUGCCAACAGUUUGAUGAUGAAGAUGAAGAAGAUGGUGAACUAAAAGAAAAAGGAAAAGUGCCAGUGAGAACAGUCGACGAUGAAUCCUUCGAACGCAAUUUAAAGUCAAUGAGCGAUGAGCAACUCCAGAUUUAUGAUGAAAUCAUUGGAGGAAUUCGUGAGCAAGUUUCCUCCCAAAAAGAUGUAUGUUUUUUCUCAAAGUUUAAUUUUUUUAGACUUAAAAAUAAAGGAAAAAGUAAGUAAGGUUUAUCCAAACGGAAUAAGUUUCAAAUUUUUUUAAACCGAAAAAGAUUUCUUAUGAGGCAUGAUUAAUUUAAUGUUAUCAAUAUAGUUUAUUCAUAAUGACAAUCAAGAUGAAAUAAAGAAAAGUUUCUUUUUACAAAAAUUUAUUUAUUUUUUUGAUCAGAAAAAAAUUUUUUCAAAUAAUUAAAAAUUUUGAACAAGUUAAUAUUUUCAGGUCUUCAAGAGAAAACAAAUCUUGAAGUUUGUCUCCGGAACAGCGGGGACUGGAAAAUCUUUCCUUAUCAAUAUGUUGGCUGAUAAGUUAACAAGAGACUAUACAAAGGAAGAUAGCGCCGCAAUCCAUCCAGCUGUUCUAAUCAUUGCUCCGACUGGUUUGGCAGCUUUAAACAUUAAAGGCAACACAAUUCACAGUCUGUUCAAAAUUGAAGUGAGUUACAGUUUCCAUUAGUAUAUCCGAUUAGUGAAACUUAAGCAGAUCUGAAGAAAAUCAACAUUCAUUAUUAUUUAAAAAUUUUUCUUUACGAUUAUUUGAUUAAAAAUGAAUUAACAUUAAUGCGAAAGAAAAAAAAAAAUUUAGAAGCAAAAAGAAAGGAAAAAUCUAUUUGUUUAUUGAAAGCAUUAGUCAAAUUUUAGUUAAAUUUUUUUAAUCUUCAAAUUGGGAAUUGUUUUUUUCAGGUUCAAAGAGGGAAGGCUCUUGAAUUCAAAGUGGCUCAAUUUGACGACACUGGAGAAACUCGUGAACUAUUUCGUAGAGUGAAGUUGAUCAUCAUUGAUGAAAUAAGCAUGUGCGCCAAUUGGAUGCUGAUCAAAAUCCAUUUGCGGUUACAAUCUAUCAAAGGGAAUCAAGAAGUUUUCGGCGGCGUCAAUAUCAUUGCUCUGGGGGAUUUGAUGCAACUUCGUCCGGUGAACGCUGGUCGAGUAUUCGAAGUCGUCAGUAGUCGACAAGUGGCUGAAAUCUUCGGAAGUAUCGGUCCUCCAUUGACUCUCUGGUGGCUCUUCUCGUACAGCGAAUUGACGACGAAUAUGCGACAAAAGAAGGAUAAAUCGUUCGGCGAAAUAAUGAGCAGAAUGAGGAUUGAACAGCUGACUGCGGACGACGUUACGAUGAUCAAAACACGGCUUAUCAACGCGAUUGAGAGAGGCUACGAAGAACCUUGUACUAUAGAAGAAGCCGCUGAGUACUAUUUGAAGUUACUCGAGAAAGAUCCUACCGCGAUGGCUUUGAUGCCAACAAACAAUGAUGUCAUCCAGUUCAAUGAUGCAGUCGUCGAGAAGCUUGGCAUGAAAACAAUCGUGAUUGUCGCUGAAGACGUCGAAGAAAAGUCCGCCAUCGAAGGUGUGCUCGAAGGAGAAUCAGGCGCUGAUCGUCAACGUCGAGAGAGAAUUUAUCAAAAAAAAGAAUUUUCGAUUAUUGAAAAAGUUUUACCUCUUUUUAUUUGCUUUCUUUUAAAUCUUAACUUUUACAGACAAGUCGAAAAGCAACAACUUUGAAGCCAAAAAUGGACGAGAAAGAUCCGAUGGGAAAGAAUACUGGUGGACUGGUUGCGAAGCUCAUUCUAGCGAAGAACGCUCGUGUUAUGUUGAGACGAAAUUUGGACGUGGCUCAAGGUUUUUUUAAUGUUAUCAUUGAAAAAUAUUUUCAAAUCAACUUCAAAUUAGUUUCUCAAUAUUUUUUUGCAGGACUAGUGAAUGGAAGUCAAGGUUAUCUGAGAACAAUUUAUGAAAAAGGACAAUCGAAAGAAGUGGUUGCUCUGGGCGUUGUUUUCGACGGAAAAAACGUUGAAACAAAAAUAACCAAAGUUACUGCGGUUUUCAAUGUGAGCGGACAAGAAAGAAGACGUCGAACACAAUUUCCUCUCAUGAUAGCCUAUGCUGCCACUAUUCAUAAGUCACAAGGUAACAUGAAUAUAAAUAUGUACACUAAAUACAUUUAAAUGCUAAACAAAAAUUUUUUUUCCAAUGACUUUUAAACGAAAAUUAAUUUUUUCCAGGAAUGACUCUGAAAAACGCCGUCAUAUCAACACGAUCCAUGUUUUGCGCAGGACAGGCGUUUGUAGCGUUUAGUCGAGUUCGCUCUUUGGAUGGAUUGCAUCUGAUGGACUUUUUCUCUCAAAAAGUCUAUUGUGACGAUGAAGCUCUCAAAGAAACCAAUCGACUGCGACUGUCUGUGAAUUUGCCUGUGUUCGAAAUGCCCGUCAGAGCCGCGAAAAAACCAACAAAACUUCCUCCUAUAACUGCUCUGCGAAAAAGAAAAGGUUAGUAGAACAUAUGAAAAAAUUAGUUCAUUUAGCCUGAGCCUUCAUUUAUUUUUUUAAAAAACAUUGAAAAAUAAUCAAAAAAAUGUGAAGGUUUCGAAGACUGUUUUUUUGAGAUAUUUCUUUUUAAUUCUGUUCUUAUUUAUGGACAGAAAAUACCAUCAUACUUUUAGAUGUACCAGAUCUUGUCAUCAGAGUCGGCAGUCCCGGCAACUCACCGCAAAAGAAGUUGGCAAAAAAAUUCAACUGCUCAAAUUCAGAGAGAGCAAAAAAAUGGCUGAAGGUUCAAUUUUUUUCUUUUUCUUAACUUUUUAUAAUUUUCAAUUUUAAUUCAAGGUCUCACUUUAUUCAACGAAUCGGGAACGGACUGUUUUGUCAAUUCUGUUGUGAACUUAUUGCAUUGCUCAAAGCAAUUGACUGACAAAAUCGUGGAAAUGGGAAUUGAAGCGGCGGCAGACCGAGAUGCAUCAAUUGCCGACGACACUGAAGAGCCUCUUUUAGUGAGCUUGAAAGACAUUCUAGUCCGUCAUACAACUUCUGUGGCACGGCUUCGUACAAAACUUCACCCGGAUCGACGCAAUCACACUGGCGAUGUGAAAGAAGCUUACAUGGAUAUUUUCACGGUAUCGAAUUGAAAUUCCGAUUUAAAUAUUUAUAUCUUCAUUCAUUUUCAGUUGUUACCAGAACAAAUCCAGGACUUGUUUCGUUUUACCAUAACUACAUCUGUUUCUUGUGAAGGAUGUCGUUCAAAUCAAGCAAUCGUUGUUACUCAAAGAGUUGUGGAUCGAAUUGAAAUGUUUUUUUCUACGGCGGAAGUCUUGAAGAAGAAUUUCAAAGGCAUAUUGAGGUUUGAAAGAAAGAAUGUUAAUGUGAAAAAAAUUCCCUUGUUUUAUCAACAAAAAAAGUAAGCAUAUAUACUGUUUUUUUAAAGUUUUAUCAAAAAUAUAUCUAUAUUCAAAAUGAAAGAAGUAGCAAUUUUUUUCAGUCCCUUUCGCCUGCUUGUGCUUGUGGGCGACAACCUUCUGUUUCAUGCGAAAUCAGAAUACCUUCAGGUUUGAAUUACAUAGAAAUCUUCAAAUGAACAAAAAACUAAACAAACUGCAUUUAGACUCAAAAUAUGUUGUCUUCAAUCUCAACAUGA